AGUGUUCCCAGUUGGGUCUUGUAAUGAAAAUUCGGAGGUUGACAUUGUCCGGUUAUGCACUGGGGAUCUGCUAAGAUGAUUUGUGGCAGCUUCUUGGUCUUCUAAUUGCUUGCGAUGGGAUCUCAACAGCAGUUCUUCUAACCAAUCUUCUUCUAACAGCAUCAAACUGGAUACUGCUGUUUCCGCUAGUGCAAUUUUGAAUUCAGCAAGAAAGCUGUAUCAGCAUCAUGACAUCAUCAGUUCACAAUCCAUCUUCUAAUUCUGAUAAUGGUGGAGCUGCUGAUGAGCAGCAAAAGCAAGCACGAGACUCACAAGCUAAGAUUCAAUAUCCGCAUACUGCAACGGGAAUUGUUCAUCCUGGCAUUGCAUCACCGUCAGCUGAGACCACAAGGCCUCAUCCCCAUGUUGAAAUGGGACACUCUAUGGCUCUACCAGCAUACCCAUAUCCAGAUCCCUACUAUGGAGGCUUGAUGGCGGCCUAUGGUGCACAAGCUAUGAUCCAUCCCCAUCAUAUGAUGGGAAUGCAACAAGCUGGGGUGCCGUUGCCAUCUGAUGCAAUCGAAGAGCCGGUGUAUGUCAACGCAAAGCAAUAUCAUGGUAUCUUGCGGCGUCGGCAAUCCCGUGCAAAAGCUGAAUCAGAAAACAAAUUGCUCAAGUCUCGAAAGCCAUAUCUGCAUGAAUCUCGGCAUCUGCAUGCUCUCAAGAGAGCCAGGGGAUGUGGAGGCCGGUUUCUUAAUGCUAAGAGCAAUGAGAAUGAACAGAACAAUGCGGCAUCCACUCCCGACAAUUUGCGGCCUGUCAAUGGUUCCAACUUGGACAAUUCAUGUCCUGGAAACCAGCAGCAUGCAUCCUCAGAGCAGGCAUCUUGAACACCACCAACCCCACAUGACGAACAUCUUACAUGGAUGGAUUCGUGGGGCCGGAGACAUAGCAAUGACCCGAUGGAUGGACAAUGUCGGUUUAUCCACACAGGCUCUCAAAAGGUUCUUUCCAGAUUUGUGGUGAGGUAUAGCCCUUCUUUAGCUCUCUCUCGUAGAUGAUUUUUAAGUUGGUAUAUACAACUGGGAAAUGUUGUUUGGAAGAAUUUCUCAAGUAGGACGGGAUGUAUUUGUAACAUUUCUGGUGUUAGUAAAAGCUAGGAGUCUAGUGUUGUGGUGGGUCUUUUCUUGCU